AUGGAUAGAUCAAUGAAAAUUAUACUGCGAAUGAUUGGCAUUGAUCUUUUUUUAUUAACCAUUGUUGCUUAUCUAGCAUUUUUUUAUAAGACAUUAACGACAACUUACAAACGUGGAUUUUUCUGUAACGAUGAGUCAAUUAGUUAUCCAUACAAAGAAUCAUUUAUAGGUUUUUGGAGGCUUAUGAUUAUUUCAUUAGGUAUCCCAAUGCUUGGGAUGCUUUUUGGAGAAUUUUUAUAUGCAAAAAUCAUGAAAAAACAAUCAGUAUUUGUAAUAUGUGGAAUUAAUAUUCCAAUUUGGAUUUCAAUGGCUUACAACAAGAUUGGAGUAUUUGCAUUUGGAGCUGCUGUGAAUGUAUUAAUAACUGAAUCUGGAAAAUUGACUAUCGGAAGAUUACGUCCACAUUUUCUUGAAAUUUGUAAACCAAAUAUAAGCUGCAGUGAUGUUAGUAACUUUGAAAUUCAAUACAAAUAUCAUAUUGACUAUGAGUGUACCAAUAAUAAUACCAUAGAUUAUUGGGAUGCAGCAAGAAAGUCAUUUCCAUCAGGACACGCAUCAUGCAUGAUCUAUGGAAUGCUUUAUUUUGCUUUGUACUUGCAGUUGAGAGUUACAUGGAAAGGUAGCAAAUUAUUGAGACAUUCUCUGCAGAUUAUUUGUUUGUGGUUUUCAUGGUAUGUAGCAAUGUCUCGGAUCUCUGAUUACAUGCAUCAUUGGAGUGAUGUCUGCGCUGGAAUGCUACUUGGAGCAAUUGUUGCACUUAUUCAUGUUUUUUGCAUUAGUGAUUUAUUUGAGGAAAGACAACGUGUUGUCAAUGACAAUAGUCAAAACACAAUGAUUGCAGAAAAUAUAAAAACAAUUGAAAGUGAAAAUCGAUCAAAUGGACUAUUUAAUAAUGAAACAAAUAAUGAUUAUGUUUAUCGAUGUUAG